ACUGAUCAGGUGAUUCCUUCCAGAACACUCAUACAUUACAACUCACUUGCAACCAAAAAUGAUUAGAAAAAACACAUCCUGAACCCCAUCCCAUGCAAGUAACCAAUAAAAUCACCUCAAAGACCCCAAAAAACCCAAAGAAAACUCCUUUAUAUGCUCCCCUCCACUCCUUCCUCCUCAAUUCCCUCUCCCCUUCAGAUCCCACUUAAAAACCAUUUCAGGAACCCCAAAGAGGUGCAAACUUUGGUGUCAAAAUGAGAGAAAUCCUUCACAUUCAAGGGGGUCAAUGUGGGAAUCAAAUUGGGGCCAAGUUUUGGGAGGUGAUCUGUGAUGAGCAUGGGAUUGAUCAGACAGGGAGGUACAAUGGAGAUUCAGAUCUUCAAUUGGAGAGGAUUAAUGUGUAUUACAAUGAAGCAAGUGGUGGAAGAUAUGUGCCACGUGCUGUUCUUAUGGAUCUUGAACCUGGCACCAUGGAUUCAGUCAGAUCUGGUCCUUAUGGACAUAUUUUUAGGCCUGAUAACUUUGUUUUUGGCCAAUCCGGUGCUGGUAAUAACUGGGCUAAAGGGCAUUACACUGAGGGAGCUGAAUUGAUUGAUUCUGUCCUUGAUGUUGUCAGGAAAGAAGCUGAAAAUUGUGAUUGCUUGCAAGGAUUUCAAGUCUGCCAUUCAUUGGGUGGAGGCACCGGUUCUGGCAUGGGAACUCUUCUUAUUUCUAAAAUUCGUGAAGAGUAUCCUGAUCGCAUGAUGUUGACAUUUUCUGUCUUCCCUUCACCUAAGGUAUCUGACACUGUUGUUGAACCAUACAAUGCAACUCUUUCUGUCCACCAGCUUGUAGAAAACGCUGAUGAAUGCAUGGUUUUGGACAAUGAAGCUUUGUAUGACAUCUGCUUCCGCACUCUCAAGCUUGCUACCCCCACUUUUGGGGAUCUUAACCAUCUCAUUUCUGCCACCAUGAGCGGUGUCACAUGCUGCCUUCGCUUCCCAGGACAGCUGAACUCCGACCUGCGAAAGCUCGCAGUUAACCUAAUCCCAUUCCCUCGUCUUCAUUUCUUCAUGGUUGGAUUUGCACCCUUGACAUCAAGAGGAUCACAGCAAUACCGUGCUCUGACUGUGCCUGAACUAACCCAGCAAAUGUGGGAUGCCAAGAACAUGAUGUGUGCUGCUGAUCCACGUCAUGGCCGUUAUCUAACUGCUUCAGCCAUGUUUCGUGGUAAGAUGAGCACUAAAGAGGUCGAUGAACAAAUGAUAAAUGUCCAGAACAAGAACUCUUCAUACUUUGUUGAGUGGAUUCCCAACAAUGUCAAGUCCAGUGUCUGUGACAUCCCACCGAAGGGUCUGAAGAUGGCAUCCACUUUCAUAGGGAAUUCAACCUCAAUCCAGGAGAUGUUCAGGCGUGUCAGUGAACAAUUCACAGCUAUGUUCAGGCGCAAGGCUUUCUUGCACUGGUACACUGGCGAGGGAAUGGACGAGAUGGAAUUCACCGAGGCUGAGAGUAACAUGAAUGAUCUGGUUGCUGAGUAUCAACAAUACCAGGAUGCAACUAUCGAUGAAGAGGAGUAUGAGGAGGAAGAGGAAGAGGAACAUGAUGCUUAAGAUAGCUUGAAAUUCUUUUCACUAUGUCUGAAGUAUGUAUUUCCCUGGCUCUAUUUAAGUGAGUGAUUUGUUUCUCAUUUGGGGGUCAAGCUAGAUUGACUUGCUGAUGUAUGGGUUGUGGUUCCUUGUAUUAAAGAUGGGAUUUCGUGACUCCUUUUGCUUUUAAAUUUGAAUGAUGGGUGUCUUGUAUUUAGUAGACGAGUGUUUGGUCAUCUAUCACUUCAACUUGUAGCAUUUUUCCUUGGAUUAAUUUGUGUGAUAGGCAUGGUUUGGCAUUAUAAAUGCCAUUAGUGUUGCAAGGUGGGAAUUGUAAUUUUGUUUCCUAUUUGCGUGUAUAUCUUUAGUUUUUCUAUUUGAA